GAGCUGGCGUUUUGUUUUGUUUUGUUUUUUUGCUGCCACACACGAGCAAGCAAGCACAAGAAGAAGACGCAGAGGCGAAGAUUCUCCGCCAAUUGUCUGCCUUCCACCCCUCCCCCCUCACCGCCAGCACCCACCAACCAGCACCACCAAGCAGCACCACCUUGCAGUGCCACCACCAACCCAACAGCACCUUGCAGUGCCACCAGCCAGCCAGUACAGUACCCCGUGCCCAAACAACAAAAAGACAAAAGGAAGGACAACAAGCAAGAAGAAGGACGAGCAAUGGAUGUGUUUGAGCUGUCGCCGCUGCUUGGUUGCUUGCAAUCCUCGUUUCUCUCCACGUGACACAUGAUUCUCGAGCACAGCUGUCCGCCUUUUGCCGCUGGCACUGUGACUCAGCAUGAGCGAGCGGGGAAAGAUUGCUUCGGGGACUGCGCCAGUGCAUCCCAUGGCGGUGGAUGUGUCAUUGCUGGCCGAUGUGUCAUCUGCGUCUUGACCAUUCCCCUUUCCCUGUGGCUCUCGCUGUGGUCUGAGUGCAUCCAUCCAUGCGGAUGACUCGCAUUUCUCGCUUCCAUCUUGCAGCUUGUGCUUCCUGUCGCCCAUUAUGAGCUCGUCGUAUCAUCGCCAGAAGGGCAAUGAGGUGUUCAAGCGCCUUGUUGGGGACGUGUCUCGGAAUGUGUUGCUGGACCGCUUCGAAGAGUGCGUUCGGCACUACCAUGCGGCGAAGAGCACGGCGACAAGUGAGGCGGACUUAGCGUCCGCGAACAAGAACCUGUACAACGUGCACAUGAAGUACAUUUGCAUGGGCCUGGGCUCCGUGGCUGAGGCCCAGUACCACCUGCGCAUGAUGUGGCUGGCGCAUGGGGAUGCGUACCGCAGCGGCAAGGCGUGCAAGCCAUUGGAGUGGCUGCAGGAAUUGACUUCACGUGCCGAGGAGCGGCUUGGGGAUGUGCUGGACACGCUGCGAUCGCACUACGACAUGGAUGGCGAGGCGUGCAUGCAUGCGCUGUGCAGCCUGUGCUUCUCCGGCGUGCCCACAAGCCCCGUGAUGCACUGCAGGCUGAACAGCCACGUUGGUCUGCUCAUGUUCCAGCGAGCGGCUGUUGCCCUCGAGAAGAAGGAGUACAUGCACGCGCUGAGUGUGCUUGGCGAGGCGCAGCGGUCGUGCGUGGAGGCGGCACAGGCCAUGGACAAGCUUGGUGCGGACGGCGUUGAUGUGUCGCUGACGCUGUCGUCGGAGGUGGAAGUGCUGCAAGAGGACAUCACUAGGCACACGUUCAUUGCCCGCAGCCAACAGAGCCUGGCACAGGCCAAGCAGCACUUUGAGGAGGCGAUCCUCGGGGACGACACGCUGAACAUGACGCUCAUCUACCAUGCGCUUGACAGCAUUCGCUACUGCACGCAGCUCGCCGAGGGCAAGGACGUCGAGACGGAGGCGGAGGCGUGGGCCCUCCUCGGCCGCAUCUACGCAGGGGUGCUGAAGCAGCCGCUGCGCGGGAAGGAGUUUUGCCAGCAGAGCAUCCGGCUUGCCCUGAGCAUGGCGCCCAAGAACUUUGGCACCGUCGACUGGUUCGUGAGGGCGUCGGAGUUUGUGCGGGAGCAGAACGAGCGGCGGGACCGCGAGGACAGCGCGUGGAAGACGGAGCACCUCGAAGCGCUCAAGGACGAGCUGGACACGCUGCGGACCAUGGCGGCGAGCGCAAAGGAGCAGGGCAAGGUGACGCCUGCGAGCGACGAUGCGGAGACGGAGAGGAACAAGAAGGAGGAGGACAAGACGCAUCUGCACAAGCUGCUGGAGCACCUGUACACGAAGCAUGCGCCCAAGGACGCGACGUACACGCUUGAGUUUCCGAUUGACGGGAACGAGAAGACGCGGCUGAAGAAGGCGCUGUUCCACUACCACCCCGACAAGACGGCGAACAAGUGCGCCGAGGACCGCUGGCGCGUGUUUUUCGAGGAGGCCACCAAGAUCCUAACCGGCAUCUUCGAGCUGCACAAGUGA